UUAAUCACCUACAUCCGAAUUAGGUGAAAUUAGAAGAAUUAGAAGCCGAUUGCGCAUCCCGACCUUCACUUGGCCAACGCACUCCUCGAGCCGUCAGCUGUUCCACCUUCCCCGUCACUCACACAACAACAUUGAUGCUCAUUUCAACGCUUUAGUACAAUUUUGAAGAACCACCAAGAUGAUAGACGUCACGGUUAAAACCCUGGAUUCUCAGAAUCACCGGUUCUCCGUUCCAGAUGAUAUCACUGUAAAGCAAUUCAAGGAUAGGAUAGCAUCUUCCGUGAGCAUCCCAGCAGACAAACAGCGACUGAUCUACUGUGGUCGUGUUUUACAGGAUGAUAAGAAACUUGCAGAUUAUAAUGUGCAUGAAAAAGUGGUGCACCUGGUGAUGAGAGCCCCCCCGCAGGCCAACAGUCGCACUGCAGGUGGAGGUGCCAGCUCCUCUAGCAACGGAGCCACAGGGAGCAGCCACCACCACCACCACCACAUUCGUCGCCAGCCAGGAGUAGAAGGUGCACAGGUCCUUCUUGGAUCAUUUGUUGUACCUGAAGAUAAUGAGCCCAUAGUUCCACCAACACAAGGCCCUAGCUCAUCUGGUGUCCGGCUACACCAAGCCAGGACAAUGCUCGAGCGUGCAUCAAAUGUCCUUGAUCAGAUGGAUCGCAGACUUGGCUCAGGAGAGGAAAGAACACCCUCCACAGAAUCAACCUCAGAUAAUGAUCAAGUUAGCAGUCCAAUUCAGGCUGAUGAUGCCAGAGGAGAAAGGGGAGCCAUGGAGACUGAUGCUGUAGAAGAUACACGACCAGUAGCAGGUGAAUCUAUGUCAGAUGAAGGUGUGGCCACAGCUUCUAGCACGGCCACAACACCACCCAGUGAUGAGAUGGAAGCACUGUACUCAGAAAUGGAUGCUCUAAAUAAUAUGGACCCAACUGCAAUGGUCCCAGCAUCCAUGACCCCUCCCAUGAUGGGUGCAAUAAACAGCAGUCUCGCAGGUGGUCUUGCACAGGCUGCUUCAGCAGCCGUAGCUUCAGCCCUGUCCUCUCUGGCACGUGGGGGUUCCAGCAGUGGAAUGUCUGGCUCCACCAACACAGGAACAGCUGGCACUUCCUCCUCCUCCACAUCUACCACAGAGUCUACCACGAGCAACACAACCACUACAACAAGCAACAGCACCACAGACACCACUUCAGGGACUACUGGUUCUGGCAGUAGUGUCGGUGCUCCUCCUCGUGGCAUCCCUCCGGGUAGUUUGCGCACCCUAACAGUCAGAAUUACAAACAUGAGACCAACAGGUUCAGGGGGUGGCAGACAAAGCACACCUACCACAGGUGCUUCAAAUACCACUACAAGUAACACAACAGACAAUACUGCUAGCACAUCUGAAACCACAGCCAGUAGGAGUGGCUCAGAAGGUCAGGAAACCCCGAGUGGAGCAGCAGCAGCAGCAGCAGCAGGAGGAUCUACUGCUUCGGCUGGAGAUGGAGCAAACAGUAGUGAUGGUGGACUAGGAAACGUCCGGCUGGAACACCCACGCUGUUCAGUAAUGGUUGAAAUUUUGGAUCUGUACAAUCAAAUACAACGUCGAUUAGAGCCCUACAUGACUCGCUACCAUCAAACGAUGGCCAAUGAUACAGCUUAUGGAGAUGGGGAUGCAGCAUCACUUCAGCAGGAACAAUGGCUUUUGUGGCGAGUGUCAGAAGUGCUGCAUUUUGUUUCACAUGCUAUGCACGCGAUCAGUGACAUCAUGGUUGACUUGCGACGACCACCGCCUCGACAAUUGCGUGCUCGCCCAAUUAUUAUCCAGCAGCCAGCUCUUGUUCAGGCUCAAAUCAAUGUCACCACAAGCACAGACCCAACAAGAGUAACCAUUAGUUCAAGAGGGGGAAAUCGUCCAAGUUCCACAACUGUCACAUCAUCCGCCAACAAUGUGACCUCAAGUUCUAGUACAUCUAAUUCCUCAACCCCUCGGCCAGCUUCUACGUCAUCCUCUACUUCCAACGCCUUUGGUACUGCACAUGUAGAGGGACAGACAACUGGUGGCUCUAAUCAAGUAGGUUCCUCCUCCAGCACCACCACAUCUGCUACAACAUCAGCAGCCCCCAGCUCUUCAUCAGGAGCUACCUCAUCAGGAAGUCAGACAGCCUCAGCUCAGGCACGGAACAUAGCCUCAAUGCUGAAUCUUGGAGCUGUACAGGGCUUCCCAAUGGAUGGUGGGGACCUAGUGCUUAUGGAAGUAGGGCCACACGGAAUCACAAUUGACUCUCUCUCUGCUGAAGGGUCAGGAAGUGCAGGAGGAUCAGCCCCCACUCCAGAGCUCAUUCGAAACCUUGUGUCCUCUAUAACGAACCAGCUAGGAGUUAAUCUCAGUGGCGCUGCAACUUCUACAUCAUCGACAACCUCCUCCUCCUCCACCUCCUCUUCUACCACCUCUGCCAGCUCCUCCACAGCAACAUCCAGUGUGUGUUCCUCAGCCCCAGCAUCAGGUCCAGGUGUACAGAGAACUGCCCCUGCUCGGAAUAGCCAAGCAGCCGGUAACAGCGGAACGAGCACCACAAAUGUGACCCAGACUCGAGUGACCCACCGCCCCCAUGUGCACGUCACACCCCUGAAUGUCCCGGGGAUGGGAAUGAACCAGUUUGAUCCUUUCCUGCCUUGCCAGAGUCACCACAUACGCCCUGCCACCAGACGUAGGCAUCAGGCACAGACACAGACCCAAGUUGGCAGCAGUCAAGCCCAGCAGAGAAGGACAGCAUCAAGCAACAGGGCCCAAGAGAGUGGAGCAAGUGAGAACAGUCAGACUCGACCGCAAGUGGGCAUUUCACCUACUGCUUCAUCCUCUGAUCCUCUGGCAUUCUUUGCCAGUCUAAUGGCAGAGGCAUUUGGUGCCAGGCAGGGCUCCGCUACACAGCAACAGCAGCAGCAACAGCAACAGCAACAGCAACAGCAACAACAGCAGCAGCAGCAGCAAUCACAGUCCUCUGCUGCUGAUGGUGGUGAACCUCAGAUCAGUGACCAGAUGUUUGCCCAGUUAGUCCAAGGUGUCAUGAGUCAAGUCUCUGGUUCACUGAAUACUGAAGGGAGUGGUAGCAGCAGUCAACAGUCAGGUGCAUCGCUUCAUGAAUUCCUGCAACCCUUUGAUGGUGGGAUGUUUAGCGAAGGGGAUGAAGAUUCUCUCUUUUAUCAGUUGUUCAACACUGUGGCAAUGUCGCUGUCAAUAGGAGAUCUUGUUCAGUUGUUCUUUGGAAGAGCAACAACAGCAAAUCAAUUGCGUACACCCUUGCAAGAGUUUGUAAGGGAGAGGGCGUUAAAGGGAAACCAACCCACAGAGGAGAAUCUCGACCGUGCCAUAGACAGUGUCAUCCAUGACCUCCACCCACAUCUUGUAUUGACUGCAGGAGAUGCUCAUGUACAUGAAGGAAUUGAUUACGUCAAUACAGUUCACAAUUUUAUUCGACAUCGUUUGCAUGACAUUUUCAACUUAGUUUUGAAUCACACGGAUGCUGAAACAUUUGGUCCUUCCCUGGUAUCUCUGGUCCGGCGAGCAUUGUGGGAAUUCAUAGCACUCUCCCUUCACUGCUUCACAGAUGGUGCCCAAGGGCUAGAGAGAGUUAUCCAGGAGCGAGUGAGAUCUAUAAUGGCUGGAGUCAGUCCUGCUAUUCAGACAUGGUCCGUAAACACUUCAAUCAUGCAGCUGAGAUCCAUGAUGAGCCGCAUGACAAUAACAGAUGAUCACAUUCGCCGUUAUGUAGUAUCUCCAGACGAGGGAAGGCGAAUGGAGGAAGAACGAAGUCGUAGACUCCGCGAUAGUGAAUCUCCAGCAGCAGAACCUACUCCCUUACCACAAAUGACCUCACAUCAUUCUUCUACAGCAGACAACAUGGUGCAUGUGACCCCAGCUAAUGUACCUGCUGAAGAGCCCAUGGAAGUGGAAGAGGUUGGAUGUAUGGAGGAAGUCAUAACCACAGGGGUUGAGGCAGAGUUAGAAAUCGCAACUGAAGGAGCCACUGGAGGAACUGAGGAAGCAAAGGAAGAUGAGUCUCUUACAGAGGAACCACCUGUUACAAUAAAUGUUGGAUCUCAGCCUUGGCAUCCAGCUGUUCCACAGGACUGGAUACCGGUUAUAACGCGUGAUGUAGAGAGACAACAACGCGGUGUCCCAGAUACGAACUUGAGUGAUGCCUACCUUUGUGGGAUGCCACUUAAACGUCGCAAACUUGCUUCUCAGCACAAACCUCAUGGGACAGUGCAGCAGGUUAUACAAGACACCUUGCGCCACAGCAUGAGAGGAGUUGGUGUUAAUCGGGUUGUGGUUGAAAGUGUUGCAGGAGAAGCGGCUAGUCAACUCGGUGAAUCAUUUGCUGGCCAUGUGCGCACAUCCCUCAGGCAGCGACUAAAUCAUAACAAAGACUUCAAGCCUGAGAAAUUUCCAAAAAGCGAGCAACAUAUACUAAAGGAAAAGUGAAAGGAGGGCAGACCACUUUUUGUUUUCUCUCUCUCUCUUUCUUUAUGUAUUAUUAUUAUUACUAAAAAUAGUCUGCAGUGUGGAAAAGCAGUAUUAGUGAAUGUGAUGAAAGUUGAGAGUGGAUACAUGUGAAAAGCUUAUUACAGCUAACAUACUACAAUUGAGUGUCACUGAAAAUUAAAUUAUAUUCAAAAGUGAUUCAGUGAAUGGUAUUGAAAAGCAAAGUAAACGCAGGGAAAUGUUGGGAGUGUGAUGGUAUGGAUAGAGUUAGCCACAUUUUUUGUUUUACCUGUUGUACAGUAGACAGAAUUCUUCAGAAUAUGAACACAUGUAUUGUAAGCAGGUAUGAUAGGUGUUUAAUGGUACUUCAUUGCAUGCACAUCCUGUAACUUUUGUACAUGCUUGUGUGAUUUUAUUUUGAAUCCAAUGCUUGCUGCUGAUGUAACAUAAAUGAAAACAGUUGUAGAGUGAAAAAAAUAGACAUGCAUAUAUUUUUUGUUAUAUAUUGUCAAUCAAAUGUAUAUAAGUCUGCAGAGAUUUUUAUUCAUGGCAUUUUUUCUUAAAUGUAAUUGCACAUUAUCAAGGCAAGCCAAAGGUUGUCCAAAAUUGGCUAUUGCAAAUUAAAAGUGACUGUAAUCAUUGGUGAUCAUACUCAGAGUAUCAAGAUCUCUGUUUUAUAUAUAUAUAUAAUGUAAGGAAACUUGUUUACCCAUGCAAUAUAGAAAAUGAUAGGAAUUCAUAGGAUAUUUACAGUGUUAUUGUACAGUGUGUAAUCAUUCUGUGAUUGAUGAGAAGAUAUCAGUUAUGUGACAAGUUGGGCUGUAAGCUAGGAAACAAUCAAUAUUAAAUGAGUUAUAGGUCUUUAAUUAUUCAUUGUACAUAAUAUCGUUCUGUAGAUUUUCUGAAUCCAUUGAAAUUUACUUGAGUCAGGGGUAGAUGAUUUAAAAAAUAAUCAGUUUCAAGCUACUGAUCAAUUCACUCUUCACCCAUACCAAAUAUUAUUGCCUUUCCCAUGUCUGUAUCUUUGCUGUAAUACUGCCACUCGCACAUAUAAAUUAAACCCAUUCGAUAAAUGGUUGAGUGUGGAAUGGAAAACAUUUGCACUAAUAGUAUUUUAUGAAUUAUUUCUUAUAUGUGAUGUUACUAUUUUACACUCUUAGGUAUCAUUAGAGAUGCAUAGCUUCAAGAAAAUGUUGGAUGUAUGUGUGUGUGUUUGUAUAGGUGAAUGUGUUUGUAUACAUGUGUGAGAAUAUGGAUUAAAGUAUUGAUGGUGCAUCACAAAAUGAAUAAAUAAUAUUUGAUAGUCUGUGGUUUUCUGUUUAUGAGCAGUUAUCUGGAGAAAUUUGUGUAACCUAAAGCCAUGAAAAAUUUAGAGUUUGGUAUAAGUAUAGCUGGAGGUUUUCCUGAAUUAAUUCCAUGAAUAUCAAGAAUGACUUGAUAGAAACAAGUUAAAGAAACAUGAUUAGAAGUACCCAAUCUCAAAAAUGCAAUAUUUAACCAUAACACUACAUGAGGAUGUGCUUGUUUAGGACAACAGAGGUUGGGAUUUAAAUAUUUGAUUAUGUAUGCUCAACUUUUGUGCUAAAGUAGGCUACAUCUGUUUAAACAUAUACAAAAAUCUUUUAAA